AGAGUUACUGUCCUUUGUUGUAGGACUUUCCAGUUAUUUAAGGUUUUCAUAUUUGAUUCACUCUGCCAUAAUGGUCACUGUAGAACAUGGAUUUGGGGCUUUCUUGACCUCUGUUUUCCACCCUUUGUCGUAUGCGAAGUUUUUAAUCCAGAUUGGUCAUGAACCUAUGAAAUUGUACCAAACACGGACAUUUACUGGGAAACCAAUGUUAGCCUACCCCAGUGUGUUCCGAUAUAUUGGACAUAUCUACCAUGUAGAUGGCUUCUUUGGGCUUUACAAAGGAUUGGUUCCAAAGGUGUUGGCUGGAGCUGCUGGAAGUAUUAUCCAAAAUAAAAUCCUUUUGUCCCUAAAGUCCAAUGAGGAUACUGAUGUGAAUGGGGAUGAGUCUGAUGAAGAGACUUUGGCAGACUCAAACCAAGAUGAUGAUGCUGAUGUUGUUAUUGCAUUGAAGAAAUUAUCAAAAAUUAUCUCCAAGCAGUUAGUGGCCAGGUCUGUUGCUAUAAUAGCUACACACCCACUUCAAGUGAUAAUGGCUAGAAACAUGGCUCAGUUUGUUGGUAGAGAAAAAGAAUACAGUGGUAUAAUAUCUGCUGCAAUGGAGAUCCUAAAAGUGGAUGGCCCUUCGGGUUUCUUUGGUGGCCUUGUACCACGACUGCUAGGAGAUUCAAUCAAUCUGGCAUCAACUAGUAUCCUCACAUACAUCCUCAACAAAUAUAUCAUCCAAGACAAGAAAGUGUCUGUAUAUACUGCUGCUUUUGUUGGUCUCCUGGUCAACCAGUUGACGUAUCCUUUUGGUCUUGUGUCUGUUGUAAUGAUGGUUAAUGGAAGUGGAUUAAUUGCUGCAAUGCCUCCCAAUAUGCCAUUUUACCGUUCUUGGGUUGAUUGCUGGAACCAUUUGAGUUCAAUUGUAAGUAGCUGCAUACAUUUCAUCUACAAGAGAAAUUCUUCAAACUUUUUAUCUUUUAUUUCUUCUACACUGUCAUUGGUGUUACCUGUGACUGAAUAG